CCACGACGCUCCCACCACCCACCCAUCCGCGCCGCCACUUCGCCGUCCAACCGGCGGCGGCCGCACCACCACUCCGGAAAGGGACGCUCUCGUAGCUCGGCGGCGAGGUCGGCCGGCGGAGGAGGAGCUCCGAAGAUGUGGUGCCAAUCGUGCAAGGAGGAGUACGAGGAGGAGGACGCGGGGACCUGCAAGGAGUGCUACGAGGAGGCCAGCGAGACGGAGGAGGAGCUCAAGCGCGAGAUCGACGACCUCCGAUCCCGCCUCCUCUUCCUCCGCCUCCCCUCCCCCACCCUCGACGCCGCAUCCGCCCCGCACUCUGACCUCCUCCUCCACGCCAUCCCCUCCUGCUCCUCCUCCGGCGCGGGGGGCGACGGCGACGCCGCGCGCACCCCCGACACACCCGCCGUCCCCGCCCACCGGGUCAUCCUUGCGAGCAGAUCUCCUGUUUUCAGAGCAAUGCUUGAGAAUGAGAUGGAAGAGAGCAGGAGUGGCAUCAUCAAAAUCUAUGAUGUCUCCUAUGACGUCCUUCGUGCCUUUGUCCAUUACAUGUACACAGCAGAAGCUCUUCUAGAUGAGCAAAUGGCAUCUGAUCUCUUGGUGUUGGCUGAGAAGUAUGAAGUAAAGCAUCUGAAGACCUACUGUGAGAAGUUCAUAACAUCCAAAGUGAACAACGAAAAUGCCAUUUCCCACUACGCCUUUGCGCAUCGCCACAGUGCAAAGCAGCUGCUGGAGGCCUCCCUUUCUGUGCUCAUGGACAAUAUGUCCACACUAGCGGAUCGGGAAGAAUAUAAGGAGCUUGUUGAGAAGGACCCAAGGCUCGUCGUGGAGAUCUAUGAAGCCUAUCUCAACCGACAAGUUAACACUGCAGCUGGGAAGGACACAGAUUGUAGUGGCAGGAAAUGACGAUUACGAGCAGCACUAUUUAGUAUUAGUAUUCUAACUAUGCCUUUGUGUAUUCAUGUAAGCAAAACUUAAGCAUCAAAUUCUACUGCUUGCUUAGAUGCACACUGCCUAUUUUUUUAGAUGAUAAUCAAUUAGACGAUGUUGCUGGUGACAGCAUGCGCUACUGCUCAUAAUGAAAUUUGAUGUAAUGGCAUCUUGACGUAAUAUAGUGAACUGAUGUGUGAUGGGCAUUCAA